AGCACUAAACCCACCACCAUUGGUAUCGUUACCGCUACCGUUGAGUUCUCCUUUGGAUACGAGGUGGGUACGAAGUAACGUUUUACCAAUGGUCCAGACAGUUUCAUUUAAUCACUUCGUCGUGUAAAUUGUAGAUCAUCAAUUGUCGCGCGUGAAUCUUAGAUCGUGCACGUCGUGUUCGUUUAGAAGAAAAAGAGAGUAGAGGUAUUAGAUAAAAAAAAAGAAGAGAAGAAGAGAAAGAAAUUACGUUUAUAUAUAACGGUCGAAAACGCAAUAGAACGUUCAAUUUCUUUCACCAUACCGACGAAUCUCGAGAGCCGGUUCUGUUUCUUUUUUUCUUUCUUUCAUUUCUUUUUCAUUUUCUUUUUUUAACUUUUGUUCUCCCUCUUCUUUUGUUUUUCUUUUAUUCUUCUUUCUUCCAGUUUAUCAGAGCGUUUCAUUCACAAUUGUCGUCAGUAUCCGUUUAGAGAUCGAUCGCUGCGGUGACUUUAACGCUUGGAACGAAAGCUUCCUAGUAAGCUCACGUUUUCUUUUUAUAGUGUUCGAGCCGAUAAAGAUAAAAGAAUUCGAACGGUGUACGUAACGGUGAUAUCUAGGGAGAAAGGAAUUACACGUCGUUUGUCUCGCCGGAAAUUUACAUCGAAGAAAAUCUUGGAGAGGAUCGCGGAAAAGUUGUCGAAAGGAACGCGACGAACCGUUUGGUCAUCGGUGAUCCAGGAGAGAAACUUCGUUCUCUCGCUUUCUUCUUCUUUUUCUAUUUAUCUCUUACUCUCUCGCUCUACGACCACGACCCACCCUAUUUUCACUCCGGCUUCUUGUGUAUUACAUAAAGAGGCACAUUUUAUUGGCCAGUUAACGAACCCGCGACCGAGUGCUUACUUAAGUGCGUGUGUGUAUGUCCGCGCGAGUGCUCGCGCUUUCAAACCCACACUUUUCGGAGACGACAAAAGAGCGAGAAAGAAGAACUACUAAGAAACGGAGAAGUCUUUCAUAAAUUUCUGUGGGAGUCAAGGACAAGCAACUGUCGUUUUACCAAGAAAAAAAUAAAAAGUACAAGAAGAAAAAGAAAAAGAAAAAGAAAAAGAAAAAGAAGAAGAAGAAGAAGAAGAAGAAGAAGAAGAAGGAGGAGAAGAAAAGAAAAACGGCCGAGAGUGAAAGUUAUUUUAUUACUCGUUAAAAAUUUCGAUUCACGGUCAGAUCCAUGACCUAAUGUCGUCUGCAAACGUCCUUUAGAUUUAUUCUUUUUUUCUCUCAGAGAAGCGUGUGAAAGCGCGCAGAGGUCAUCGUUGUCUCUUUAUAAUCAUUUGCAAGAUUCCAAGUUACUAGAACUGUAUACUUCGGUCAAUCAGAAAGAAAGAAAACACAAAGGAGUAAUAUCUGGAGUCUAAUUCUAAGACAAUUUUUGAUUCAUCGUCUAUCCAAAUAACGUGAUAUUAUGAGCUUUUACAUCUGUCAGACAAAUAAUAUCCAGAAGUAUUCUCUGACAUGAUGUUGGGAGAAGUAACAUGACGACGUGCUUUCUAAACGUAACACAUCGUGGAUUAGCUGUAACGCGAUUUCUAGGACCAGUUAAGCAAGAUUCGAAUUAAGUAUGAGAUUUAUAACGUCGUUAUUCGGAAAUGGUUCGCCUAAGACUAUGGGAAGGCAAUAUAUGAAAGUUGGAAGAAAUGCACUUCUUGGUAUAAAACCUAAUCAAAAGGAUGGUAUCUGUUCGGAGAAAGUACCAACACCAUUGUCUAUGCUCAUUUCAAGAGGGGGCAAGUUAAAACACAGUAGAAUAGCAGCAAUUUGUUUUGGCCUACUUGCCCUUAUCAUCGGCAUCGUUCUUAGCAGUAUACCAUGGGUAGAUUACAUUAUUUUGAAGCAAUUACGUUUAUGGAAUGGCUCGCUCUCCUUUCAAUAUUGGCAAAAACCUGGAGUUGUUCGAUUGACCAAAGUCUACAUAUUUAAUAUGACCAAUACCGAAGGCUUUUUACAAUUCAAUGAAAAGCCGAAACUUCAAGAAAUCGGUCCUUUUGUUUAUAGGGAAGAUAUGGAAAAAGUCAACAUAGUUUUUCACAAUAAUGGUACUGUGACUUAUCAACAUAAGAAAAUUCUAAAUUUUGUUCCUGAAAUGUCCAGAGAUGGAGAGGUCAAAGUAAUGGUUCCUAAUAUUCCACUACUUACACUUUCGACGCAAAGCAAGAGUCUACCUCGAUUUAUCACGAUCGGUUUAUCGAUGUUUCUAAGUGGAAUGCAAAUGAAACCAUUUAUUCCUCUUACUGUUCAAGAACUUGUAUUUGGUUACGAUGAUCCACUCGUUAGUAUAGCGCAUCGAUUUUUUCCGAUAAGUCGGCGUCCUAUGAGUAAAAUAGGAAUUCUAAACGGCAGAAACGGUACGUUGACUGAGGUAUCGACAAUAUAUACCGGACACACAGAUAUGAAAGUAUUUGGUCUUAUAAAUCGAUUAAAUGGAUUGGAUCAUCUACCUUAUUGGCCAGAAGCACCAUGCAAUUCUAUCAUAGCUUCCGAAGGUUCGUUCUUUCCUCCACGAGAUAAAACUGGAUCGGAUAUCGUUCAUAUUUGGGACAAAGAUCUCUGCCGUGUUUUACCAUUGCAAUAUCGUGGACCAGUAAAAAAUAGUUCCAUAAAAGCAGAUUUAUAUACGCCACCGGAAAUGGUUUUCGGACUGCCUGAUGAUAAUAAUCCAGAAAAUAAAUGCUUCUGCUCGGAUGAUUUUUCUACUUGUCCAAAAAAAGGAUUACAAAAUAUCAGUCCUUGCCAAUACACUGCACCAGUCUACAUAUCUUUUCCACAUUUCUAUCAAGCUGAUACGGAACUUUUAGACGCUGUUCUAGGAUUAAAACCAGUUCCGGAAUUACACGAAACUUAUUUUAAAAUACAACCGAAACUCGGUGUACCUAUAGAAGGAAAAGUUCGAGUACAGAUAAAUCUAAAGGUAGAACGACAGCCGAAUAUCGGUGUGGUCGCGAAUUUUCCUGAUAUAGUGUUUCCUAUAAUGUGGCUCGAAGAAGGUAUCGAAGAAUUGACGCCAUCGAUCAGAAGAUGGGUUUAUUUGGCUACAACAUUCGCGGACAUUGCAGUACCAUGUGUCAGUUACGGGUUGAUUCUAGUCGGUUUGAUAACUAUAAUCGUGGUAUUCGUUAAGGCUUACAACAACGUGGUGUUUACACACGAAGCAAUAGAGUUAGGAAAGAGGACUAUUAGAAGAGGAUCGUCUUUCUUAGUAAAUCAACAGCAUCGGUUACUCGUUAAUAAAGACUCCAAUUAUGUUUUAUUAAGUAACGAUAUCGAAGAGAUAUCUACUGAUGUAGUUGUAUGAUCGAAACUUUUAGAUAAAGAACGAAACGAAACGAAACAAUAAGGAAUGAAACGGAAUGAUAUGAAAGAAGAAAAUAAUAAAUAAUACCAAUGACAUUAAUAUUAGAUGAUAAGACAUUAUUCCAUAAGACGAAACUACCAUACGUUCGAUAUGUCACACCAAAGUUUCGUAAAGAUUUGUCGGGGAACUAAUAAAACGAACGGUUAAGUGUGCUAUAAAUGUGAUAACACGCAACGCGUUCAUUACUUUCUUUGUUCAAUAAAGGUUUAAAAGUACAGGUCGCGAGAAACGUCCCGAAAAGAUCGUUUCAUUUUUGUUAUGUCUGUGAUGCCGUCCCUUUAUUUAUAAUCCUCAAAAUAAAAGCUAACGUGAUUUAGGCCGCAUCAAAUUGGUCGACGAUCGAAACGAACUUGUCUUUUCUCUUAUUUCAUUAAUUAAAUUAUUAUGUUUCUCUUCGUUGACCAGUUGAGAUGCUCUCGGUUAAAAUCUAGUGCAAUAUUAGAAUCAUAUAUUUUAAUAUAUUUUCUAUCAAUGACUACCAAAUUCUAAUGUCGAACAAAUAUAUAUACAUAUAUUGAUGUACUCUUAUUAAAAGAUAUAACAAUUACUGAAAUAUUUCGAAAUAUAUGCGACGUUUUUAGAUUAGCUAAGCUGAUCUAGCUAUUUAUAGGGAUUAAAGAAAGGUUCUAAUAGCAUUAACGAAUAAAAUAAUAUUUCUAUUAA